UAUGUUACCGUACCUACCACCAUGGAGUAGUGAAUUGCAUAGGAUAGACUUCCACCAUUAAAAACCACUUCUCCCCUUUCACUCAUAAUUUAGGUGUAUUUUCAUUGCUUUUUACUCAUUUGUUCUUGAUUACAUAAAUAUUUUUAUUAUUUGACACUUCCAGGCGUAAUCUUACUCUAACCGUAUUUCAAAAAUGUCAAAACCCGUUUCCAGUGAACAAACCCUUAAUUACAAGUGGGAUGUGUGCCUCUCCAACAUGUUUGUCCAAUCAACACUAGGUCUUGGCAUUGGUAUUAUCAGUUCCGCCAUUAUGUUUCGUCGUGCUGCUUGGCCUGUUUGGGGAGGUCUAGGCUUUGGUCUCGGUAAAGCCUAUGCUGAUUGCAAUGCAAAGCUUAAAACAUUUCCUCCUAUUCCUCGAGAGCUCUCACCUAAUGAUACUCAAGGCAAAAACUAAAGUAACUCGAGGACUUGUUCAUCUUCUGGUGCGAACCCUCAUCUUUGGUAAAUAGCUACUAUUCCUAACUUGAAUUUUGGUCUACUUUGCAAUCUUUAAUUAUUGACGACGUCUAUAGCUGUAGUCAAUUUGCUCCGUGCAUGUGAUCAAAUGCCAACUAAUUCAAAGUUAAGCUAUAGUAGACGAAAUGAAUAUCUUCUACUGAAUUAAGAUCAAAGCUGAAUUGAUUUGUACUCCUUCCCUUGAAACUAUGAAAGAGGAAUUCCGUAAUGUUUCCAGAUUGACUGAAACCUUUAUUGUUAACUAUUAAACAAAGGAAAGCUAAACCCAACAUGUCUUUUCAUGAUGUUAUACAGGUUCCUCGUGAUGGUUACUGAGUUUUCUAUGAAAAGCUUCCAAUCCAAGGAAUAGAUGUAGGACGUUGUUUGACUGAUUGUUCGAUUGCUCGUUUGGCUUUUACCAGAUUAUCAAAUUAUCUAAAAUGGUCGUUAAAUCAUACGCGGCGGCCUACAAUGUCCUUCCUCUGUCUCGUCACUUUUGCACACUCUUUUUGUCAAAACAAGUCAUUCAGUAGUAGGUUUUACCAAUAAUGGUCAUUGUUUACAGUCAAAAAGUGGUCAAAGUUUGAUAUCAUCACGUUCUUUUCUUAAUCUUCCCCCACCCAUUUCACUGGUUUUAUGAAGUAUGUAAACAUUGAUUUUGAAUUUAAUUUGCAGUCAAAGAAACAAUUCCCGUUUUGUUUAUACCUUUAACUCAAAAAUGGAUACGUAAUUUAUUUACCUCUUAUCCCCACAGUUAAAAUUAAUGUUCAGGCGACUAAAUCGCUAAUAGUCUAAAUUUUACCAUGAUGUUUACUUUCUUGAUUUUCUUCUAGUAUCUCAUAAAAGUGUAGGCAAUUUUUCCUUACUUAUUUUGUUAUUCUGCUUUCAUUUUUUUCUUUUAUUUACUACGUUUUAUUAUCACUGUUGUUAUAUGUGGGAAAAUACCAGAGCCGUG